AUGGCAGCACAAAAGAUUUUCCAUAUAUGGGCCUUGGAGGUUUGGUCCUUAGCUGCUUCCUUGGCUCAGUUUGCAAUGAUGUUCGCGCUGAUGGUGCACUUUGAUGGCAAGCAGACAUUCGACGGCUCAUUCGCGACUUUGAACACAAUGACAUCUAUUCUAUCUACGGGAUCAAGAGCGUCACUUCUCACUACAGUCUCAAGUUGUAUUGGCCAAGGAAAUUGGGCGGCUUUUUCCACCAAGCCUCGUCGGCUUUACGACUUCGAAAUGAUUUCUGAAUCCAGCCGUGGCCCUUUGGGUAGUGUCCAACUUUUGAUAAAUAGCAGGUUCAAAGGAGGUGCCCUUGUUCGAUUCGGCGCAUUUCUUACUCUGCUCUCCAUUGCCACAGGCCCAUUCGCCCAGCAACUAGCGCGGGUGCGUCAAAUCGAGUUUCUGGAAGAGGGCGGAAGUAUUGCGCAAGGACUUUCCUACUCCAAGGGAAUAAAUCAGCCCAUUUCCUGGACCGCUGUAUCUAUCCCCGGGGCGAUUGGCCAGCCCGGCCGUAUGACAGUAGAUCAUGCCAGUAUCAUCUCCAAGCCCGAUUUCAGUAUGAGAGCCUCACUCAUGUUUGCACUCUCCGCUGCUAAAAGAGACGUCAUUCGGCAAGCGGAUUUCGAGUGCCCCGGGACUGGUUGUUUAUUUGAGAAUUUUCGGUCCCUGGCGAUUUGCAACAGAUGCUAUAAUGCUAGCUCAAUGCUAGGGGUGACGCAGCAGAUAAACAAUGUUAUCGAUUCCAACACCUCACAGGAAUACUCUGUUACAAGGUAUUGUCUUCCAAAUGGACUAUAUCUAGAAAACAAAGAUGUGUUUCCAAAAGUCCACCUUCCUAAUAACAACCAAGAGUGGGAGCCGGAACGUUUAGUCUUAUCCCUCUACGGCAACUCGAAUCCAAAUAAAUCGAUUAAUGCUAGAGAAAUCAACACCCUAAUCUGGUCACAGAGUAUUAUCAAAGUGGACAACUCGACUGGCAUUUGGCAGUGGCCUAAUAUGUCAGUCUAUGCCGUGGAGUGUGCUCUUUAUUACUGUGUCAAAAACUAUUCUUUCCGAGUAGUUCAUAACACCAUGGAGCUGGAAUUGGAAAAUGAGUUGAAGGAGUAUCGAAGACAUCCUGACUCAUGGCAAUUUAUAGGACAGGAAACAAGUCAUAUCAUGGCCAACGCCUCGAGCAAUCUUGCUUUUCACCCAAAUCAGUCGGCUUUUGAAAGAUCAGAUCUUCAACUAUCCAACGAUUCUAACAAUUCUGAGAGCUUUAACAUUUCUCAGCUUGGGGCUGCCCUGCGGCGGUGGAUGAUUGGGAAACCCCCACUGGACAUUAUGGGCUUAGAGGACUCGCCGUACUAUAAUCCCGACCUAGCACCGGUCAUGUGGUUUUCCGAAAACCUUCCGGCUCGGUUCGAUAGUAUUGCAGCCAGCAUGAGCAAUUCCUUGCGAUCCGGAGACGAUUUAAACAGUCGUUUCGUUGGGAAAGUUGUCAAUCCUGUCACAGUUUACAAGAUAAACUGGCCUUGGAUGUCUUAUCAGCUUUUCCUCCAGGUGGCAGCCGUGGUUUUCUUCGCCAUUACUGUUAGUAUUAGCCAGCAGCUUGGUGGUCGUGACAUUCCAGUAUGGAAAUCUAGUCAGCUGGCCGUCAUGUCCCAAGGGCCGUUGGUAUCGGAUGUGUUAAAGGGUGCUGAAACAAUUGAGGAACUGGAAACAGUGGCCAAGAAAACGUCGAUUAUGCUGUUCGCUAAAGAAGAAGAUCAGUCUUUGAUACAACUUGGCGCGGAAGAAUCCACAGAUAAAACAAGCCUAAGGAGAAACUCGGCCUCUGAUUGA